GCGGUGGGCGGGGCCAUGUUCUGCGCUACUCGGGGUGUGUGGAAACGCUUUGAUCGCCACCGACUACUGGACUUGUGAAAGAAGGCUGCAGCAGUAACUGCUUUUAACGUUAAGACUUUUCUCCGCCGUGUCGAGCGCUGUUCUUCUGUGGACCUUGGAACUGAGAAUACAUUGCUCGAGGCAGCAGCCCAUUUGUGUGAAUUAGCGGCUCCGAAAAGAAGCCAUAUCUGGUCAAAGUAUUCAGCUGUCACAUGCGCUAUAUAUAGUGUGGGAUAAGCGCUGUCUGAAUUUCUUCUGUCCCCUUCCUGCAUUUUAUCUUCUUCGCCAUGUUCCGUAAAGAGAUGGAUAAGUACCGGGAUGUGGAUGAGGAUGAGCUCUUGCAGAAGCUCAGUGAAGAAGAGCUCAGGAGACUAGAGGAUGAACUCGAAGAGCUUGAUCCUGAUAACGCACUGUUGCCUGCAGGAUUCAGACAGAGGGAUCAGACCAAGAAAGCUCCGACCGGAACGUUCCAGAGGGAUGACCUUCUCACUCAUCUUGAGAAACAGGCCAAAGAGCAUCCAGACCGAGAUGAUCUUGUUCCCUACACUGGCGAGAAAAGAGGAAAAGUGUGGGUGGCUAAGACCAAAGUUGUUGACCCUAUCCUGGAAGAUGUCACUCUGGAGCCUGAACUAGAGGAGGCGCUAUCUAGUGCUACUGACGCAGAAUUGUGCGAUAUAGCAGCCAUUUUGGGCAUGCACACACUGAUGAGUAAUCAGCAGUAUUACGAAGCUCUGGCCAGCAGUACUAUCGUCAACAAACAGGGCUUGAACAGCGUAAUCCAGUGUACUCAGUAUAAGCCAGUGCCAGACGAACAGCCCAAUGACACAGAUGUAGAGGAAACACUACAGCGAAUCAAGAGAAAUGAUCCAGACCUUGUUGAGGUCAAUCUAAACAACAUCAAGAAUAUUCCAAUUCUAACUUUGAAAGCGUAUGCUGAAGUUCUCAAAGGGAACAGUGUUGUAGAGCGCCUGAGCAUCGUUGGCACCAGAAGUAAUGAUCCUGUGGCCUUUGCACUAGCAGACAUGCUGAAAUUGAACACCACUCUGAAGAGUCUAAACGUUGAAUCAAACUUCAUUACUGGAGCUGGAAUUCUUGCACUUGUGGAAUCAUUAAAGAGUAACACUACACUGCUGGAGCUAAAGAUUGAUAAUCAGAGCCAGCCUUUAGGUAAUAAAGUUGAGAUGGAGAUGGCUAACAUUUUGGAGAGGAACACUACUCUGCUAAAGUUUGGAUACCACUUCACCCAGCAGGGCCCACGCUUGCGUGGAUCUAAUGCCAUGAUGAACAACAAUGAUCUGGCACGUGUAGUUCGGUCGGACUCAGAUGGCGCGAUCACAUUCACUCUGUCAGUCCCUGAGCUGGAAAGAGCCUUCUGUAAAAAGUUCAAGUUCACAACGAAACCCAAUAAGAAAGAGAAGGCUUGAAGAAGGACCUAUCUUUCCUAAAUGUCGGACAGACGUGUAACAGCAUCAGGAACCCUCUGUGGCCUGGGACCUGCAUCACACCCCAUCUCAUCCCAGAUCCUCACACCAUUUCUGUCCCUUUCACAGAUUACUCACAAAAUCAUCUAAAGGAAACAUUCAAUUCAGAAGGCUUUUUUUCAAAGCCCCAGAUCUGGAAACCCAAAGGUACCACCCUCUGUUUACCAGACACAUAGUUACUCAUGGCCGAGUGUUUUAAAAAUGUGUAAACUACCUGCCAUAACAUUAGCAGGGAAAAAUCACCUACUUGUGUUGAUGGAAGCAGGACAGAUGAAAAUGAUGCUCAAUUUAUCACUGUUUUCAAUUGACAUUAAUCUUCACAGCCAGCCAACCAUUUUGCAGUUUUUGGAUGCACACCAAGAACAUCAAACUUCAAACUUCACUGAUUGUAGCUGUGGUUUUGCCUUUUCUGGGCCAGUUCUCGCACACAACGCGUAGAAGCAUGUACUGUGUGUGUUUUUUUUUUAGGAUAUGCUAUAAUUUUGACCUGUGUUUAACAACUGGUAAAUUACCUUAAAUUUACCUUUAAAUAACUGGCAGUACCUUUAUUGGUCACCUGACUACAGUAUAAAAUCUAAACUCUGUGUAUUUGCACCGCUCCAGUAUAUUUAUGAAAUUAUUUAUACAUUUUAUAUUCUAUGUUUGAUGAGGGAAAAUUAUCUUCUUCAUGUUUAGGUCAAGCUGUGUUUCAUUUUACACAACUAGCAGUAAUAUCUGUCAUAUUAUACUAAUGGUCUCUCUCUAUAAUAACCACUUAUCAUUAAAUGAUUGUGAUUGAUGUGUAUGUGUUCUCUAUAGUCUUCCUCAUUAAAUGCUUUUUUACUUUUAAGUGAGAAUAAUAACACACAAUAGAAAACUUCUCAUAAAACUCUAUGUGCUAUUGCCUAUGCCUGCUCUCACAAAGUCAUUUACAGGUUCCAAAAUCCAAAGAAAUUAUAUAUUAACAAAAUCAGAAAAUGAUUUAAUUAAUUAUUAUAAUAAUCGUGUUCCUAUGGCUCAGUGGUAGAGCAUUGCGUUAGCAGUGCAAAAGGUUGUGGGUUCAAUUCCCAGGGAACACGCAUAGGCUACUGGUAAAUCAAAACUAUAUAGCCUGAAUAUGUAAGUUGCUUUGGAUAAAAGUAUAUUAAUAAAAGUAUAUUAAUAUUAAUAUUUCUCAUUUCAGUAAUAAAAUAUAUAUACAAGUUUUGUUUAAAAUGGUAUUUUAUAAUUAUAAAUUGUUAUAAACAGAUUAUUGUGCUGUGUUAAAUAAUGUUUUUAGUUAUUCCUUCCUGAGAACAUUUUAGGUUGUUAUCGUGAGUACAGGUUUUCAUCCCCAAAUUUAAUGAUUUAGAUAUGCUCCUAAAUUAAUUUAAGUUUCCAUGCAUUUAUUUUUAGUUGUUGCGAAUGAAAUGUUCACUCUGUUGAGCUCUUGUACAGGAAUGCACAUUUAAAAUUGCACUGAAUGAUUUUGCUAAAUAUAAUUUCUUUUUGAUGCAUCUUGAAGAAGUGAACCCUGGUCAUUUCUUGGCAGUUUUCCCGAGACUGGGUAUCAUUUGCAAUCUGUCAUGUGCAGUGUUUUGGCAGUGUGUGUGUGUUUCUCAGAUAUAUGUUGUCUGUGAUCAGACCUUACUCUCUUCACACUGUUCCAACAUAGUAAAAGUCUGUAUGUUUUAUGGAUGUAAACAUUUUACUACUGUUUAAAGGACAGGGCAUUUAUAGGACUUUUGGGGUCGUCAUCUUGGUCAAAACCAAAAAGGGAAAAUUCACUGAUGAUUGUCUUGUCCUGUGUUCGGACGCAGGCCCAUAAACAUUGCCAUAGAGUGUUAGUAGACCUUACUAUAUGUGGUUUAUUGAGUUAAUAAAGACUAAAAAGUUGUGUGGAAA